GCUUCAACAUACUCGGACAGUCGCAUCUGCCUUCUUCCUCUCCUUCAUUCUCAUUGUCGACAUCCAUCGUGAUUCCCCUGAAGCUGCGUCUUUCAGUUGAUUCAGGUGAUUCUCUGAGGCGCCGAGGCUCUGAGUGAGCAUCCCGAUCCAUCAUCAUGGCGAUACGCGAGGAAAUCGUGGCGUCUGCAGCGCAAUUUCUACAAGAUCCCAGCGUUGCCACCUCGUCCGUCGAGAACAAAAUCUCGUUUCUUCGAACCAAGAAUCUGACACAGGAGGAGAUUGAUGCCGCCAUUGCCAGAGCUGGGGGUGGCACCGGCGCGGUAGCUCCUAGGGCUCCCUAUGCUGGCGCGCCCCAGGGUCCUCCUCAGGGUCCUCCUCAGCAGUAUUACCAAUCCUACCCCCAGUAUGCGUGGCAGCCGCCUGCGUCAACACAACGGGAUUGGAGAGAUUGGUUCAUCAUGGCAACCGUGGUUGGAGGAGUCAGCUAUGGUCUGUACUCACUGGGCAAGCGUUAUGUCUACCCCCUCGUAGCGCCACCUACCCCUGAAAAGCUGGAGCAGGACAAGAAGUCGAUCGAGGAGCAGUUUGACAAGGCCUUUUCCCUGGUUGAGCAGCUGUCAAAGGACACAGAGGCGCUGAAGGAUGCCGAGAAGCAGCGGACAGAACGAUUGGAUAUUACCCUGGCGGACCUGGACACGAUCAUGACGGAGCUGAAAUCAGCAAACAAGCGCCGGGAAGACGACGCGCAGCGCAUUCGCGACGAAGUACAGAGCCUUAAGGACGCCAUCCCAAGGGCAAUGAACAACCAAAAGGAGCUCACCGACAACCGACUUGCCGAAAUCAACACUGAACUUGCCAGCCUCAAGACUCUUGUGUCACAGAGGAUGAAUGCUAACUCAAAUAACUCUAUGUCGAGCGGCUACUUCCGAGGCAACAAUGGAGUCAACGGUGUCAACGGAUCGAAUGGCGUCAACGGAACUAGCGGGGCGGCUUCACCCACGACAGCACCCGGCCAAUCAGUAACUCCCCCGCCCAUCGACAGCGCUGCGGAAGCGAGCGGCACUCCCAAGCCUGAUGCUGGCAAGGGCCCGGCUCAGAACAGAUUUAACAGAGCGUCUGGCCUGUCCGUUGGCUCCGGAGCCAAGGCGUCAAUCCCAGCAUGGCAGAUGGCCAUGGCCAACCAGAAUGCCGGAUCAGCUGGUUCCUCGUCGGGCAAGGAGCCCGAAAAGGCCACCACCGAGGCCGCGGCCAGCAGCUCGUAAAUAAUUGCUUGCUUGACUUGAGAUUCUCCAUGCAUUGUACGAUUUUGAUCAACUUGCGGUUAUUGUUGCGCUACGUACGUACGGAUAAAGGGACAAUGCAGACAUCGAUUGGAUAACGGCCGGAGCGUUGGUUGCUCUGUCAAAGUUUUUUAUGUAUUUAAUAUCAAAUGGACCACAUAUACUGUUUUAUCUAUUUCCCGGUUCGGUUUCAUGUUAUUAUUAUUAUUAGAAGAAGAAAAAGAAGAAGCUACC